AUGUCCGCAACGAUGGCCCUGUCGUGCUCUAUCCUCAUCAUCAUGACCAUGCUUGUUGUCCCAUGGUUUUAUUCUCAACAACUUGUCGUUGCGUUCACUAUUCAAAUUCCAACCGCGACGGCAUCUGUUGCAAAACCAACCAACACGAUGAUGAUGAAAUCAACUCAGUCUCAGGCAACGAGCCAUAAAGGCUAUUUUACAGUGAUCGGAGAUUUUGGAAGACAAGGUCAAGAUCAUCAAACGGAUGUAGCUUUGCAAAUGGUUCAAUGGUGUCAGAGUGUGAAUACGAGUUGUGAUUUUUCGAUUGGAGUUGGAGACAACUUUUAUGAUUAUGGAGUCAGCGGAGUGAAUGACAUUCAAUUUAAGACAAGUUUUGAAGAUGUUUAUAGACCUAGAGAAGCUUUUGGAUCACAAUUUUAUAAUGCUUUGGGAAAUCAUGAUUAUUAUGGAUAUGCUCAUGCCGAAAUUGACUACAGCAUUAAGAAUGAUCGUGGUGUGCCAGGAUCCAGCAUUUUCUUUUUACCCAAUGAAUAUUAUGCUCGAGUGGUGAAAGCAGGAAAUGUGAAUAUUUUGUUAGCAGUUUUUGACACUUCUCCCAUGAUUGAAUCCUAUUAUUCGAGCGAUAAGGUCAAUAUGACAGCUCUUCUUCUUCAAAAAAACAUUGAAAAACAAUUGACGAUCAUGCAACAAACCAUUGAUUCCCUUACAAGAAGUAACACUAUUCAUUGGAAGAUUGCUGUUGGUCAUCAUCCAAUGAAAUCUGCAGGCAAAAAUGGAGAUAAUCCUGACAUUUCACAAAAAUUGAAACCUCUUCUUGUUCAGAAUGGUUUCUAUGUUUAUUUUUCUGGACAUGAUCACAAUUUGCAAUAUUUGAACGGAUUUGAUUGUGAUCAAAAUGGUCAAUGUAUGAAUCAAAUUGUAUCUGGAGCAGGUAGUAAGGUCAAGAAGGAUGAAAUUGAUCCUUCUCAUCCCUAUCUUCAGCAAUACUAUGAAGAAUCAGGUUUCACAGCUGUUGAAAUUUCUCAGAGUAACAUGCAACUUUCUUUCAUCAACUAUAAGGGUCAUGUCAAGGGACAAUUCUCCAUCUCCAACCCUUCUUUGCAAUAA